AGCGUUAUGCGCGAUGUGCUAUUGGAUGAACCCGUAUUGGUGUUCUUUCACAUCCUGUAUGUGAGAGGCGUAUAAAUGGUGGACAAAAUGAAUCUUCACUGCAGUCAUCGCAUACCAUGGCUUUUGCACAUCUCCUUGCUGUUCUCCUUUCUCUUGCCGUUGUGCGCCAGUCCGACGCUGCCCUCACGAAGCGAGUGGCAUGCGCCGACGGUGUUCAUACUGCCACCAAUGAGGCCUGCUGCGCCAUGUUCCCCAUCAUCGAUGACAUCCAAGCGAAUCUGUUCGACGGAGGAGAGUGCGGAGAAGAGGUGCACGAGUCGCUCCGUUUGACCUUCCACGAUGCGAUCGGAUUUUCUUUUACUAAAGGUGGAGGCGGGGCUGAUGGAUCCAUCUCCACCUUCUCUGACAUUGAGACCGCCUUUCACGCAAACAUUGGUGUCGACGAAAUAGUGGAAGCACAGAGGCCCUUUAUCACUAAACACAACAUUACUGCAGGAGACUUCAUCCAGUUGGCUGGUGCAGUUGGGGUGUCCAAUUGCCCGGGUGCUCCACAAUUGAACUUUUUGUUGGGACGUCCCACAGCUGUUGCCCCUUCACCGGACCUGCUCGUCCCGGAGCCUUUUGAUACGGUAACAUCUAUCAUUGACAGGUUUGCCGACGCAGGGUUCAAUUCUUCGGAAAUUAUUGCACUUCUGGCUUCGCAUACUGUUGCUGCUGCUGAUCACGUCGACCCGACGAUUCCUGGCACUCCCUUUGACUCAACUCCGGGACUCUUCGACACCCAAGUCUUUAUUGAAGUCCAAUUGCGGGGCACUUUAUUCCCUGGGACCGGUGGAAAUCAAGGUGAAGUUGAGUCGCCACUGCCCGGAGAGAUUCGACUUCAAUCAGAUGCUUCGCUGGCACGGGACUCAAGAACGGCUUGCGAUUGGCAGUCUUUCGUUAACAAUCAGGCGAAGAUGCAGACUCAGUUCAAGGCUGCUAUGCUGAAACUUUCUGUCCUCGGACAAGACGUGUCUCAAAUGGUGGAUUGUUCAGAGGUAAUUCCAGCCCCUUUGGCAGCUUCCGUGCACGGAGCACACUUGCCUGCCGGGUUGAACAUGAAUGACAUUGAACAAGCGUGUGCUACUGCGCCGUUCCCCACUCUCACGGCUGAUCCUGGUCCUGCCACCAGUGUUGCUCCGGUCCCGCCUUCCUAAGGCGACUACACACAAACGAGCAGAAAUCUGUUUCUUGCUAACUUGAUGUAUAACAAUCGCAACUGUAACUGUCCGGGAAACGUGUACCAAAUACGCCUGAUUCUUGUGUUUUUAUCCCACUAUGUCGAUACGUUCUUGACAAUUCAACUUUCUUGAUGUGCACCUCAAACCGAUCUGACUGUUCUCCUAAUUCGAAUCUCAUGAUUUUGAGCGGCCCGUUAGCGUUCCG